GCUAUAUAUAAUGUUAGCCUGCAGUAGUUAAAGGCAAAAGUCGCAUGAUGUGGGCGAGGUUGCCGUUGGUUUUGUUCGUGUGUUCGUCGAUUGUAAUAGGCGAGUGUAAAAUCAUUAAUAAUGUUCGACACGACGUAAGAAAAUUUCCUGAACAUUUUCUUUUCGGCACCGCCACUGCCUCAUACCAAGUAGAAGGAGCUUGGGAUAAAGAUGGAAAAACCGAAAAUAUAUGGGAUCACGCAACUCAUACAAAUCCAUGCGUUGUAAAAGACUGCUCAAACGGUGAUAUCGCAGAUGAUUCAUAUCACCAAUAUAAGAGAGAUGUAGAGAUGAUGCGGGAACUGGGCUUGGACUUUUACAGAUUCUCACUCUCAUGGACUAGAAUUUUACCAACCAGUUUUCCAGACAAAAUAAACGAAGCAGGAGUUCAAUAUUAUAACAAUUUGAUUAAUGAAAUGCUCAAGUACAAUAUCAAACCAAUGAUUACGCUAUAUCAUUGGGAUUUACCGCAAAAACUGCAGGAUAUGGGUGGAUGGACAAACCCUGAAAUAGUAAACUGGUUUGCAGAUUACGCUAGGAUUGCUUUCGAAUUGUUUAGUGAUCGAGUUACAGACUGGAUCACAAUCAACGAACCUCAUCAAGUAUGCUACCAUGGCUAUGGAGACGACACUUUGGCUCCUCUUUUGAACAUCAAGGGUGUGGCUGAUUAUUUGUGUGCCAAAAACUUAUUGCUAGCUCAUGCUAAGGCUUAUCACAUCUAUGACAAAGAGUUCCGUCCAUCGCAUGGUGGUAAAAUUUUCAUAGCAUUAAGCGCGCAGUGGUACGAUACGGAAUAUGAAGAAUUUGUAGAUGCUGCGAAAGAAGCUAAUGAUUUCACGUGGGCAAUAUAUUCACAUCCAAUUUUUUCGGAAACCGGUGAUUUCCCGCCUGUUGUUAAAAAGUACGUCGCUCAAAGGAGUGCGGAGCAAGGUUUUUAUAGAUCGAGGCUGCCUGAAUUUACAGAAGAAGAAAUUGACUACGUCCGUGGUACAUCAGAUUACUUCGGUCUCAAUCACUAUUUAACGUACUAUGUAUAUCGAAAUCAAUCUCUAAUCAAUUAUUAUGAAUCACCAUCUUUUGAGGAAGACAUGGGAGUAAUAACUUAUAUCUAUGAUGAAUGGCAGAUUGGUGAAUCAAAGUACACGAAGUUUGUUCCUUGGGGAUUUUAUAAGCUACUGACAAGAAUACGUGAGGAUUAUGGAAAUCCUCCAGUAAUUAUUACGGAAAAUGGAUUUGCAACAAAGGGAGGCUUGAAUGACGAGGACCGUGUCACCUACUAUAGGCAUUACAUCAGUGCUAUGCUGGAUGCCAUGGAGGAAGGAUCAGAUGUCCGAGCUUACACAGCAUGGAGUCUUAUGGACAACUUUGAAUGGCUUGCUGGAUAUACUGAGCGCUUUGGUCUGUACGAGGUGGAUUACGAGAGUGCGGAGCGCACGCGCACACCGCGCAAGUCCGCCUUCGUGUACAAGCAGAUCGUGCGCACGCGCGAGCUCGACAUGCACUUCGAGCCCGACACUGACAUCAUGACCAUCGACGAGGGACUUUCAAACGAUACAUAUCAAAAUAGACACACGAUGUGGUCGAUACAACGAAUUCUUUUUUUCGUGAUUGCGUCAAUAGUAAUAGCAGAAUGUAAGACUAUCAACAAUGCUCGACAUGAAGUAAGGAAAUUCCCUGAAAACUUUCGUUUUGGAGCCGCUACCGCUUCUUACCAAGUUGAAGGAGCAUGGGAUGAAGACGGAAAAUCCGAGAACAUCUGGGAUCAUAUUACCCACACGAACCCAUGUGUUGUAAAAGACUGUUCUAAUGGAGACAUCGCAGACGAUUCUUAUCACCAAUACAAGAGAGAUGUAGAGAUGAUGCGGGAACUGGGAUUAGAUUUUUACAGAUUCUCACUCUCAUGGACCAGAAUUUUACCAACUAGCUUUCCAGACAAAAUAAAUGAAGCAGGAGUUCAAUAUUACAACAAUUUGAUUGAUGAAAUGCUCAAGUACAAUAUCAAACCAAUGGUUACACUGUAUCAUUGGGACUUGCCACAAAAAUUGCAGGAGAUGGGUGGAUGGACCAACCCUAAUAUUAUUGAUUGGUAUUCAGACUACGCACGUGUUGCUUUCGAGUUAUUUGGUGAUAGAGUUAAAGAUUGGAUCACUAUAAAUGAACCACUUCAAGUAUGCUACUACGGCUAUGGAGACAAUUCGCUGGCACCUCUUCUAAACAUUAAGGGUGUUGCAGAUUAUAUGUGUGCGAAAAACUUGUUGUUAGCUCAUGCUAAGGCAUAUCACAUUUAUGACAAAGAGUUUCGCCCGACUCAAGGUGGCUCCAUUUUCAUUUCUUUAAGUGCUCAAUGGCAUGAUACAGAACAUGAAGAAUUUGCGGAUGCUGCUAAAGAUGCUAAUGAAUUCACGUGGGGAAUUUAUGCGAACCCCAUUUUUUCGGAUACCGGGGAUUUUCCGGAAGUCAUGAAAAAACGUGUAGCAGCUAAGAGCAUUGAACAAGGACUUUAUAGAUCCAGGCUGCCUGAAUUUACUGCCGAAGAAAUUGAUUACAUCCGGGGCUCAUCGGAUUACUUUGGUCUCAAUCAUUACUCAACGAAAUAUGUAUACAGAAAUGAGUCUGUGUUUGGUUACUACGAGUCACCAUCAUUCUACGAUGACAUGGAACUAGUAACUUAUACCAAAAACGAAUGGAAGAUCGGUGAAUCACAAUUUACCAAAUUCGUUCCAUGGGGAUUCUAUAAACUGUUGACCGAAAUAAAAGAGGCUUUCGGUAAUCCUCCCGUUGUUAUCACGGAAAAUGGAUUCGCUACUUACGGAGGCUUAGAUGACGAGGACCGCGUCACUUACUACAAGCACUAUAUCAAUUCUAUGCUUGAUGCUAUCGAGGAUGGUUCGGACGUUCGAGGUUACACAGCUUGGAGUCUAAUGGAUAAUUAUGAAUGGCUACAGGGCUAUACUGAGCGCUUUGGUCUGUACGAGGUGGACUACGAGAGUGCGGAGCGCACGCGCACGCCACGUAAGUCAGCCUUCGUGUACAAGCAGAUCCUACGCACGCGCGAGCUCGACAUGCACUACGAGCCCGACACUGACGUCAUGACCAUCGACGAGGGACAUUGAAUUUGAAAAAAUAUACGAUAA